AUGGACCGAGACAGCCGGGAGCUUCAAAUGCGCCAAGAUAUUGCCGUCAUUGAAACCGUCGCCUUUUCCGUCGAAGAAGUCAGACGAGUCCUCAGUCAAAUAAAACCUGAUAAGUCUCCUGGACCCGACGGAAUUCCCGGGCUGAUACUUAAGGAGCUAUCAAGGGAGCUGUCAAAGCCUCUUUCGACUCUCUUUGAGCUGUCAAUGAGAACAGGAAGGCUGCCCUCACAGUGGAAGACAGCUAACCUCGUUCCAUUGCAUAAGGGAGGUAGCAAGAUGACAGCAAGCAGCUUUCGACCUAUUAGCUUAACUUGCCUCCCUUGCAAAACGAUGGAAGCUAUAGUAAAGAACGCUAUACAGCAAUUUUGUGAAGAAAAUAACAUCUUGCAGGAUUUUCAACAUGGCUUCAGGAGAGGACGUUCCUGCCUCUCAAAUCUGCUAGCUUGUCUGGAAAUCUGGACCAGGGCUCUAGAAGAGGGUUUUGAGGUCGAUGUCGUGUACAUCGAUUUCCGCAAAGCUUUUGACACUGUCCCACACCAACGUCUUCUUCACAAAUUGAGCGACAUCGGCAUCCGGGGAGAUCUUCUGAACUGGAUUAGGGCGUUUCUGGUUGGUCGGAAACAACGUGUCUGUAUCGGGGAUGAUAUGUCGGAAUGGGUGAAUGUGACCAGUGGUGUGCCGCAAGGCUCAGUUCUGGGACCAUUACUCUUCAUCCUUUACGUUAACGACAGCCUUCAGGAACUCGACUGCGGCAAAAUAAUGUUUGCAGACGACGUUAAGCUCUGGCAAGUCAUUAAGGGUCCGAAUGAUCAAAGAUACCUUCAAGAUAAUCUGCACCGACUGCAAGCGUGGUCGAAGAAAUCGCUUCUAGAUUUCAAUGUGGAGAAGUGUGCCGUCCUUCAUCUGCGUUCAACCAACUCUCAUUCAAAUGAGAGUUUGAGGACUUAUCACCUGAAAGAUAUAAGGCUCCCCGCAGAAUCUUCACAGAAGGAUCUCGGGGUUUGGAUACAGAACAACCUGAAACCAACACUGCAGUGCCACAAGGCUGCAAAAAGCGCCAUGGGAGUGCUGCAUGCAAUAAAGAGGGCUUUCGUUAACUUUGACCAAGACCUUUUUGGGAGAGUUUACGGCACCUUUGUUCGGCCCCACUUAGAAUAUGGCAUACAAGCAUGGCGGCCAUGGCUGGUAAAGGACCAAGAAUGCCUCGAACGGGUACAACGGCGUUCAACAAAGCUGGUAAACGGCCUAAAAAGCCAUUCCUACACAGACAGACUGAAUUGCCUUAAUUUAUUCCCUCUGUGUUACAGGCAGCAAAGAGGUGAUCUUAUCCUCGUCUACAAGAUAAUACAUGGCCUUGAGUAUGGAAUUAAAUUUGAGGACAUGUUUCAGUGGCACCUUUCACCCAAUCUUCGUGGUCACUCGAUGAAGUUACGGACAACAAUGUCCAGGCUGAAUCUCCGUUCUGAAUUUUUCACGCAGAGGGUAGUGGAGAAAUGGAACGAUCUCCCUCAGUCAGUCGUGGAGGCUACAUCCCUGCAACUCUUCAAGAAACGCUUGGAUGAUUAUUUGUGUCCCCUGUUUUCCCUCGACGGUCUGAAUCUGAACUAA